ACCUGGACAACUGCCGUGCCGCAACCAUGAGCGAUAAAAGCAAGUCCAGUUACAACUUCAGACAGAGCCUGUCCUUCCAGGCAGACGUGCCAGACUUUCUGAAAAAGCUGCACGGCCAGGCGUCUUUGAGACCCGAGACCACCGGAAUUCUAACCAAAAACAGCAAGCCGGUCCCUCAAGCCUUGGAGGAUGACGCCGACGAUGACGGCCCGGCAUACCCAGACGCCGAGGAUGAGAAGCCACAGUACGUGCUUGAGAAGGGUAUAACGGACCUCGAAGUUGAGCGUGAGCUUGGUCAAGACAUUCUUGCGGCCCUGCGAGAGGACAAGCCGGAUCCGGGCGAGACACAGCGUACUGGUGGCUCCGCCGGUGAUCCAUCCAGGCCCGGCGGCAGGGUCUCUGAGACCAAAACAUCCAGCCUCGGGGUCAAAUCAAACAAGAUUCUGGAAAAGAAAAAGAAGAUGGAUGCAAAAAAGAAGGAUCUACUCAAGGGUGUCAAGCAGGUCAAGAACAAAGCGCUGCUAUCCUUUGACGACGAUGAAGCAUAGAUCCAGCCGCCAGGCCGAUGGCAGUGGCGUUGGCCGGCCACGGCUUGCCUCUCCCCUUCCCCACAGGAUUGAUUGGACUUUGAUGUACAAAACCAACAAUGGCUUUGAUCCUCUGUCAGACUGUGAGAUCGGAGCCUCUUCCCCGCCAGCAAUUCCCACCGACGACAGCGGGCCCUUCGCCGAUGCCUAUCCUUGGGGAGCUGGCCACUGUCCGCUUCGGAGAUUCUUUGCUCGCUCCAAACCCAAACAGACCCGAAUAGAUAGCCCUAUUCCGCAAUUGCCACGUCUGAGCUAUCCAAAGAUCAUUUCCUGAAUAGUCUGUUGGUUUGCGUUUGAGAGUUGAUCAACAACGAGAAAUGCCAAACCCUGCCUGGGUGAACCUGAGAACCUACGAGGCCGAUCCUCCAUUUGCAGUAAAUGCUCGCUAUCUCCUC